UUGUCUGUGAAGUGUGAAGCCAGUUGAGAAGAACCAUAUAGUACAGAGAACAGGUUAGGGAGGACUAAUUGACUAUGCAUUUUUGAGAACCAAGAACUGGCCUUUUCUGCUUGUCUUCUUGUAUAUUCUCAGAGUAUGGCUUUGUUGCCCCCAUCCCUUGUUCUCAUUUAGCUCAGGUCAGGACUCAAAGAGGGCCAAGAAGUUCGAGUUUUCCAAGAUAAGUUGCCAUAAAGAAUCUUGAUUAGAAGUGGGAUUUUGGUCUUUUUUUAUUUGGGGUAUGGAUGUCUCUUGUGAUCUUGAAGUAGAUGUCAAUGGAGAAGAGGUUUUCAUGGUGGAUAAGAAAGUUGUGUCCUUUUAUUCAGGAAGAAUAAACAAAUUGUUCAGUAAAUCAAAAGGUCUAUCAAGAACUCUGAAGGUGAUAUUCAAUGACUUUCCCGGAGGAGCUGAGAGUUUUGAGCUCAUGACAAGGUUCUGCUACAAUAAGGGCAAGAUUGAUAUCAGUCCUGUGAAUGUUUCUACGUUAUACUGCGUUGCACAUUUCAUGGAAAUGAAAGGGUCCGAUUCUGGAAAUCCAAAUCUACUUGAGCAAACAGAGAAGUCACUGGAAGAAGUUAGAUACUGGACAUGGUCUGAGCUGUUGUUAGCUGUAAGGCAAUGUCAAGAUCUACAACCUGUUGCAACCACUUCUGGAGUACUAAAGAAGUACAUGGAUUCUCUCAGCGGAAGGAUUGCUUGCUCCGGGGCUGAAUUAAGUCCAUGUCCAUCCACUUCUUCUCCAGAAAGCUCUGGAUUUAGGUUAUCUUGUGACACAAGAAGUACUGAGAGCUUGAAAAACAGCUCAUUUAAAGGAACAUGGUGGUUUGAAGAUUUUGUUGCUUUAGACCCCUCUUUGAUUGAGAUGCUAGUUAAGUCGAUGUUAUCCAAAAAUGUUGACCACAGCAUUGUCAGUAAGUUCCUCUUCUAUUACCAAAAGUCAAGAUUUGCAGCUGUUGCCACAUCUGAAGAAAAAUGUAAAAUAACUGAGGCUGUUGUUCAGAUGCUUCACACUUUAGAACCAGCCCUUGUUUCCUUCAAGAGUUUAUUUGGAUUGCUUCGAAUUGCUUUGAAUGUGAACAAAAGCAAAUGCUGCAGGAACCUGUUGGAGACUCUGAUUGGUUCACAGUUAGAUCAAGCAACAUUGGAUAAUCUGCUAAUUCCGUCUCCAGCCGGAACAAAGUACCUUUAUGAUGUGAAUCUGGUGCUGAGGUUAGUGAAAUCAUUUAUCGGCAAAGGGGCAUGUUGUUUGCCACUGACUCGAUUGAGAAAAGUUGCUACACUGAUGGAUCUGUAUGUAGCAGAAGUAGCCCCAGAUCCUUGUCUAAAAUCAUCCAAGUUCUUGGCUCUAAUUAAAGCCCUGCCAGAUUCAACAAGAAUGUCAUAUGAUGGCAUUUACAGUGCAAUUGAUAUUUAUCUAGAGGUUCAUUCAGGGUUGUCUGAAGAAGAAAAGUUGACUGUAUGUAGUGGACUAAAUUACGAGAAGCUAUCAUCAGAAGCUUGUAGCCAUCUCACGAAGAACAAUAGGUUCCCAUCAAGAUCAGCAGUGCAAGCUCUUAUCUCUCAGAAAUGCAAACUCAAAAGCCUGCUUCAUGAGACCAACAGGCCAUGUUCUUUCACUGAAUCACCUUCUAGCUUGGUGGAAACAAAGGGGAAGGCGAAAAAGGAUGAAUCUUGUCAACAAAUUGUGCUUUAUGCUGGGAAGCUUGACAUUUCAACUGAGAACGAAAGGCUCAGAGCACAUUUGCAGGGCAUGCAAUGGAGAGUGUUAGAAUUGGAAAAAGUUUGCAGGAAGAUGCAAAUUCAAAUGGCAAAGAUGAUGAGAUCAAAGUUAUCUGCCCAAAGCAAUGCUAAAUCUUUACCCAGGCUAUGUUCUUGAUUAAGAUUUGUCAAUGAGAUUCAAUUUUUCAUUCCUUUUACCAUUGCUUGUCUCUGUACAUAGCAUGAGGAAUAGUCACCAUGGGGACUACCAAAAGUUUGUUUUCUGCAUCAUAAAGUUAAGCUGCUGCCUUACAGAGAAUAAAUUUCUUGGCUGUACAUAAACCACAAAGAUGAAAAACAGAAAAAAGCUGUGUUGUACAUUCUUGCAGAAACUGUUUAUUCUCUGUAAUUUGUGUAUAACAGACCUAAGGUUUGGUCACUUUCAACAUCAUUCUCAUAUGGAGACAAUGCAUGAUGCUCGAGGCAAUUGGGAUGCA